AUGUGGCCGGCGGGAGCGGCCGGCCGGCUGCCCUGUCCGCGGGACUCGGCGCUCCGGCGGGCGGCUUUCUCCGGGAACCUCUCGGCUCUGCCGUCUCACCUAGCGCCCAGCGGCAGGAGCGUCCGGGUCUUCAUCACCGCCAACCCCGAAGAUACAGUAGCAGAAAGAAGUACACUAAGAGAACAUGUUUGUCCGAAGCUGAGAGAAUUCUGCAGGGAAAACUAUGGGCUGGAAUUACAGGUCAUAGACUUAUACUGGGGAGUAGAAACAGAAGAGUGGGACAGUCCUGAGCUCCAGAAGACUCGUAUGAAGCUGUUAGAAGAUUGCUUGAAAACUUCUACAGGUCCAUGUUUUGUUGGCCUGUUGGGAGAAAAAUAUGGGACCAUCCGAAUACCUGGAGAAGUUGAAUCAUCGGAAUUUGAAAUGAUCCUAGAUGCUGCUGUGGAGGCAAAGCUAGAGACAAGGAUUUUGGAAGAGUGGUACUGUAGAGAUGAAAAUGCAGUGCCACCAGCAUAUUACCUCCGACCAAAAUCUGAAAUGCUGAAGAACAAUCAUAAUACGAUGGAAUCAUCUUCAAAUUCUAUGAAUGAGAACAAAUGGAAGGACAUAUCAGAAGAGAUUAAGAAGAUUUUUAAGACUGCUGUGAAGUUGCUGCAUGAGAAAGGAAAAAUGAAACACAGCCAAGCAAAGAGAUAUCUUUCCUCUGCUGUUGAAGAUGAGCUUGAUUUUGCUUUGGGAAAACAAACACCAGCUUUCCUGAAGAAGUGUGUCUGUUACAUUCGGAAAAUUGCCAACAUUGAACGUUUUGUUAAAAUUCCAGAGAUGGGAAAAUACAUGGAUGUAAUUCACAUAGGUGGAAAGGUUCUGCGGGAUCCAGAAGCUCAUGAGAAACUGAUCAAACUCCGGGAUGAAUUUAUUCCUACUAUUGUUGCAGCAUCUAAUCUCAGAGUGUACACUUCUGUUACUCAUUGUGACAUGAAACUUGGUUAUUCACAAGAAGUGGAGAACCACUACAUUGAAGGACUUGGUAAACAGUUCUACGAAGACAUGAUUGAUAUAAUUCAGGCAACAGUACAACAGAAUUUUGACACCGAGACAGACUUGCUUUAUGAUGAAGUCCUUCAACACUCUUCACUAUGUAAAACGUACUCCUCUUUCUAUGAGUACAGGUGUGAGGCGCUAAACAUAGUUCAUAAAUACAUUCUGCACAGCAAAACAGGACAUAUUAACCCUCUUAUCAUAUAUGGAGGACCAUGCACUGGAAAAACCCUUUUAUUAGCUGAAGUGGCAAAGAAGGCUUAUACUUGGCUGCAGGAAGAGAUGGGACCAGAAUCUGACCCUGUGGUAGUUAUAAGAUUUUUGGGAUCCACAGAAAUGAGUACAGAUCUUAAGAAUCUGCUUCAAAGUAUUUGUGAACAAUUAGCAAUUAAUUACCGUUGCCUAGUACAGAGUUACCCUAAAAAGAUUCAUGAUCUUCGGGACUUGUUUAUAAAUCUGUUGAAUGAGUCUUCAUUUCACAGACCACUGGUUAUAAUAUUUGAUGCCCUAGAGCAGCUUUCAGAUAACGAUGAUGCUAGGAAACUAUGGUGGCUCCCCAUUCACCUUCCCCGUUCAGUACGGAUAAUCAUGUCAACACUGCCGAACAAACAUGGUAUCCUGCAAAAACUGAGGUGCCUUAUUCAUGAAGAGGACAACUACAUUGAGUUGAUUUCAAGGGACAGAAAGAUGUGCAGCCAAGUACUGAAACAUCAGCUGCUGCGUGUUAAAAGAAAAGUAACAUCAGGGCAACAAAUUUAUGUCAAUGAAGCUUUUUCAAAGUGCACACUGCCUAUGUUUGUAAACUUAACCUUCAGAGAGGUUAGGAACUGGAGAUCUCACAAAGAUGUUGAUGAGUCCUCCCUUUGUGUCACUGUUCAUGAAAGCAUAGAGCAGUUAUUUUGGUCAUUAGAAAACAAGUGUGGGCUGAAGCUGUUGUCGAGAGCACUGGGCUACAUCACAAUGUCCAAAUCUGGCCUGAGUGAAAUGGAAUUGGAAGAUAUUUUAGCUCUUGACAACAGUGUUAUGUAUGAGCUAAAUGAGAGUAUCAGGCAAUGUAACCCAUUGAGGGUACCGUAUAUAUACAUUGCAAGGCUUAAGGAGGGCUUAAAGGGAUACUUGAUAGAGCGGCAAGUGAAAAAUGUAACACUUCUUGUGUGGGCAAAUAGGCACCUGCAGCUUAUUGCCCAGAAACUGUAUCUCCACAGUGAGGAAGAUGUACAUGAAAUGCAUACGAUCAUGGCAGAGUACUUCCUUGGCGUUUGGUCGGGUGGAAGAAGGAAAUCUUUUUAUAACGAAGAUCAAUAUUUGAAUGGGUGCCUUGACAAUAACAGUAGAAGCGUGAAUGAUGAGGAGAAGCACUGUAUGGAUCUCACCUCUUUUGACAGGCAAGCACCUGAUCAGCCGUGGGUCUUCCAAUGUAAUCCAUUAGAGCCUGACAUCUUUUUUGUCAAUCACAGAAAAAUGACAGAACUUUUGCAUCACUUGACAAGAUGUGGAAGAUCAGACGAUCUGCUGUAUGGUGUUAUUAUGAACUUCAGCUGGCUGUACACAAUGAUUAAAAUAGGACAGUUUGACAAAGCACUUUCUGACAUAGAAUUGGCUUAUAACUAUUCACAAGAAAAGGAGCUGAAAUUUCUGGCAAGUACCCUUCGCAGUAUAAAGUUCAAAGUAACAAAAUAUCCAGGUUCACUCUCUGCUGAAUUGCAACAGAGGCUCCUUCCAGUUGUCAGCUCAUUGCCUAAAUUGAGACACCUUCUUUUAGAAUGUGACAGAGAUGGACCCAAAUACUGCUCUAUCGUUCCCUUGCACUCCUCCAUGGAUGUGACUUACAGCCCCGAGCGACUACCCUUGUCAUCCAGUUGCAUGCAUGUCACUGAGAUCCUGCCUACUUUUAAUCCAAAUACAGUCAUUGCUGCUCUGGAAAAUGGCUCCAUCAGUACUUGGGAUGCAGAGACUCGCCAGCUAUUAAGGCAAAUUACAACAGCUCAAUCUGUUAUUUUAGGGAUCAAACUUACGAGUGAUGAAAAAUAUCUUGUAGUGGCUACAACAAAGAACACGCUUUUGAUUUACGAUAACCAAAAUUCCUGUCUUUUGUCUGAAGUAGAAAUUAAGGGAUCAAAACAUUGUGGAAUUGGGGGAGGCUCAAAUUUUAUUAAUGGAUUUACACUGUCCGUUAAUCAUGCACUUGCUUGGCUGGAAGCCAGCAAAGAUGUUACUGUAAUAGAUCUACUUUAUGGGUGGCCUCUUUAUCACUUCCACUGCUGGUAUGAAGUGACUUGUGUACAGUGUUCUCCAGAUGGAGUCUAUGCAUUCUGCGGACAGUACCUUAACACCACCACUAUAUUUCAUUUAGGAAGUGGAGAGAAACUGUCCACCGUGACCUCCGAAUUUUCAGGUGGAUUUGUGAAAUUUCUUCUUGUUCUGGACACUGCUCAAGAAAUGGUGAUGGUGGACAAUGAGGGUGGCCUUUCAGUUUGGAAUACUGAGGAAAUCACAAAUCCCCAACUGACAGAUGACUUCGAUUGCAGGAAAGAAGACAGCGAAGUUGUCAGCAUUGAACUUUCUGAAGACCAAAGUGCAAUUUUAAUUUGUAAGGCACUCAGUAUAGAACUUCUCGACACUGGCAUGUGGAAAGUGGCUGAAAAGUUCAGAGCAAAACACAAUGAGCGCUUUAUAUCUGCUGUGUUAUCCAAAAACGGCGACUGUAUAAUUGCUUCUAUGGAAAAUACCUCAGCCAUUUUUGUUUGGAGGAGAGAUACAGGACAGUGUAUGGCAAGCUUACAGGAAAUCUCAGGAACCAUAGUCAGACUAAUUAAAUCCAAUCACCAUAACAUGCUGCUAACCUUAUCCACCAGUGGUGUCCUUUCUAUCUGGGAUAUAGAUAUCAUAACUGCUAUGUCCAACAUUGACAAAUCUGGCAAACCCAUCCAAAGACUGGUGUUGCCAACCAGAGGUGAAUUAAUUUAUACACUGGAUGGAUCAGAAUCUGUACAUAAGUGGAACUUCAGCACUGGAUUCAUUGAAGCUGUGUUCAAGCAUGAAGGUAUUGUUGAAAACUGUGUGCUGACCUCUUCUGGAGAAAUAAUGAUUACAUCAGAUGACAAAUGUAGCCAAUAUGUAUGGCACACCAUUACUGGCGAAAAUAUCUUCCGCAUUAAUGGACAAAGGAUAUCUCAGCUGAUGAUUACACACAACGAUCAGUUUGUCGUUUCACUCUGUGAACAAAAUGCCUCUAGAGUUUGGCGACUGGCCACGGGACACAGAGUUUGCAAUAUUUUAGUUGCCUUACAGAAUGCAUUUAUAACCACUGCUAAUACAUUUGUAGUUGGAAUGACAAAGAAUAAAGUGUUGGCAGUAAGUCUCUGGACAGGAAGUAUAACCAAGAAAUUUUGCUGCGAUGAUGGUGCAACCAUUGUUAAUAUUAAACUGAUCCCAGACUGCCCAGAUAUUGUAGUGUUUAUAACAUCCACUGAAACAGUGAACAUCUGGAGUCUUACAGAGGAAGUAAUCUGCAGGCGUGUACAACUGCCUAAUAACUUCUUAAAAGAUUUAGAAGACUUUGAAAUAUCCCCCAAUGGGAAGCUAGGAAUUCUAUCCCGUGGUGAUGAGAACAUCAAUGUGCUUGAUUUACACAGCGGCAAACUUCGUGUGGUUCAUGCCCCUGGCAUUAUCUGGCGACAGAGGUUGUCCCGUGAUGGCCGCUAUCUUGUGUACAUCUGUUUUCGUAAUGAAGAGGACGAUGACAAUGGUGCCAUCUCUAGUUUAAUUGUAAUGAGACUGGCUGACGGUAAAAACAUUGGUGCUUGUUCCCUUUACAAAACUCCAACCUUUCUUUCUCUCUCACAGAGGCAUUUGAAUAUUAUUGUUGGCUUUGAUGAUGGAAGUAUAGGUACUUACACUGUAGUGGAUCGGGUAGAUGCAGCACUGAAAAUUAAAAUUGCUACUUCAAAUAGCCGUCAAAUUUUCAGUAAUGCAUCACAAGUGAUUAGGCCAAAGUGUCACAAUUAUAGCUUCAAGGUGAAUGCAGACUGCAUUUGGAGAGAGUCUACCGAGGUGUUUGCAAGAGAUAGCCCCAUCACAGUGACAGACCCUGAGACAAGUGAAACAACAACACCCAAAAAACACAACUACUGUUAUGACAAAGUGUGCGCAGCCAUAGAUUGCAGAGGACACAGUUUUGCUGCUGAUAACUGA